AUGCCUAGAGUCUUCUUCAUCACUGGUACUUCCACCGGAUUUGGAAAUCACCUUGUUCAGGAGGUUCUCGACAGAGGCGAUGUUGCAGUUGCCACUGCUCGUAAGCCAGAAACUCUAAAGUUUGAACGGACAAAUGACAAGAACUUUCUGGCCCUCAAACUUGAUGUAACUAGCCAGUCUGAUAUUGAGAAUUCCUUCAAAUUCGCAACCGAUAAAUUCGGCCGCAUCGAUGUAGUUGUCAACAAUGCUGGGUAUGGCCUCGCCGGUGUAUUUGAAGAACUUAAAGAGCAACAGGCUCGUACUCAGAUGGAGGUCAACUUCUUCGGCCUUCUUGCAGUCACCAAAAAGGCAAUGGAAGUUAUGCGGAAACAGAAGCCAUGUGGUGGUCUCAUUCAGCAAGUCACUAGUAUUGGCGGUCAAAGAGGUAUGCCUUUCUUCAGCAUCUACUGUGCAAGUAAAUGGGCCGUCGAAGGUUAUACCGAAAGCAUCAGUCAGGAGGUGAAACCAGAAUGGAACAUCAAGUUCACAUGCGUUGAGCCCGGUGGAUUCCGAACUGAUUGGGCUGGAAGAUCUAUGCAAUUUGCUGAGAAGAAGCAUCCCGCAUAUAAUCAUCUAGAUGCCAAGGAAUCCAUGCGAAAGGGAAAUGGUACUCAAGCUGGAGAUCCAAAGAAAGGUGCAAAAGCCAUGUAUGAGCUUGCUAUACUCUCAGAUCCACCUUUGAGAGUAGUCAUUGGAAGUGAUGCGUACAAAGGAAUUAUGGCGAAGAUUGAGGCAUAUGGGGAAAACUAUAAGAAGUACGAGAAGAUCUCUAACAGUUGUGAUGUUGAUGAAUGA